AUGACAAUCGUACGAAGUCUCGUAUUAAUUCCCAUCCUCACAUUUUGUUUUGUUAGUUCAUUCAAGCUAGUUGAACAGUUAGAUCUGAAUAAAGAGACUGACAUGGAAGACUUGGAUCAUUAUUUAGAAAAUUAUUUCACCGAAGAUAAGCCUUUUGCUCUGUUGCUUGAUUAUGAUGGAACACUGGCUCCGAUUGCGCCAAAUCCUAACUUAACAUAUAUGACUGAUUACACGACAGAAGCAUUGGUAAAUAUUUCAUCAAAUCCAAAUGUACUGCUCGCGAUAAUUUCCGGUCGUGGAGUCGAUGAUGUAAAAAGAAAAGUCAAUAUUCCAAAUGUGAUUUACGGAGGAAAUCAUGGCUUAGAGAUUUUAUACCCUAAUGGAACCAGAUACAUUCAUGAGAUUCCUGAUGACGCAAAGGAAAAUUUCAAACAGAUUGUAGCAGAGCUGGAAAAUAUAUGCAGAAAAGGAGCUUGGGUAGAGAAUAAGAAGUUUUCAUUGACAUUCCAUUAUCGAGCUGUUCCUGAUGAUGAACAUGAUAUCAUUAGAGAUGAGGCUAGAAAAAUCAUUGAAUCUCAUGGAUAUGCAGCAAAUCAAGCGCAUUGCGCAAUUGAAGCUAAACCACCUGUUGUAUGGCACAAAGGCAAGGCUGCUGAUUACAUUUUAAGCUACCAAUAUGGACCAAACUGGAGAAAUGAAAUUCAUGCUGUUUUUGCUGGAGAUGAUACAACUGAUGAAGAUAUCUUUGAAUUAUUGAAAGGCAUGGGUGUUACAUUUAGAGUAACAAAGGAUCCCAAUAUUGAGACCAAAGCACUUUAUAAACUUCCAUCAACUGAAGCUGUCACAAAGGUUUUACAAUGGCUGGAUAAUAAAUUCUGUAGAUCAUGCAAAUAA